GGUUCAUUCCACCACGAUGAUGCCGCGUCUCCUCAUUAUCGCGGCCUGUCUUGUACCUUUCACGCUGGCGCAGAACACAACUUUGACCGUUGAUCUUGGGUAUGCCACGUACCAGUCGAACGUUUCACUUGCAUCAGGCGUGACGAGUUUCUUAGGGAUACGCUACGCAAGUCCUCCAGUUGGUGAACUCCGCUGGCAGCCUCCACAGCGCCCUGCCAACGAAAGCGACAUUCAGCAGGCAACCGUCCUUCCGCACGAGUGCAUCCAGGGGUCCAACGGUCUCUCUGCCACGAACCCUUUUGAGAGGCGGUCAUUGGUGAAACGAUCAACUGACAGUGAGGACUGUCUCUUUUUGAACGUACAUAUCCCGUCCAACUUCAGCAGCAAUUCUCGCCUUCCAGUAAUCUUCUGGAUUCACGGUGGAGGGUACGUGUCGGGGAAUGGGACCGAACCUGCUCAAGACUUCGUCAAGGAGUCUGGGUACCAGGUGAUCUCCGUCAAUGCACAGUAUCGCCUAGGGCUGUUCGGAUUUUUACCCGGCCAAGAGGUCAAGGACAAUGGCGUUUUGAACGCAGGAUUGCUCGACCAGCAAUUCGCCCUUCAAUGGGUUCAAGACCAUAUCGCUUCUUUUGGUGGCGAUCCCGCAAAGGUCACAAUAUGGGGAGAGUCUGCUGGAGCUGGAUCCGUUCUUCAGCACGUAGUAGCCAAUGGAGGAAACACGCAGCCUCCUCUCUUCCGGGCUGCCAUGAUGAGCUCCUCCUUUCUCCCCUUCCAAUACGAUUACAAUGACACCAUCCCGGAGAAACUCUACUCGGAAGUGGUGAUUCGAUCGAAUUGCACGAACUCUUCUGAAUCCCUUAGCUGCCUACGCUCUGCCGAUGUGUCCAUCUUGACGGAGGCAAACAACGAGAUUGGGGCCGCCAAUUUUUAUGGCACUUACGCUUGGGUACCGGUUGUGGACGGCACUUUCAGUGUGGAUCGGCCCUCCGUAUUACUCAACAGAAGUCAGUUGAAUGGAGAAGCCCUCCUGGCCGUGACUAACUCCUAUGAAGGCAACAUCUUCGUCAACGCCUCGGCCUUCGAUAAUACCAGUUACACUCUGACGGACUAUGUAUCUUCUUUUUUUUCUCUGAUGAACGAGGCACAGAUUCGACAGACCGUCGAGAUUUACUCUAAUGUAUCUGACCUCCCCGAUGUGCUAUCCCAAGCCGAGGCUGUGAUGGGAGAAAAUAUCUUUAUAUGUCCGACGUACUACGCUCUACAGGCAUUCGGAUUGGAGGCUUGGAAGGGCGAGUUCGCCGUCCCGCCAGCUACGCAUGGCCUUGAUCUGGUCUACUACUUCCAAUCCGCCUCCGACGAACAACCACAGUCAAACACAGAUUUCUCGAACGCAUUUUCAGGCGCCUUCCUUGACUUUGCGGCAUCUCUUAACGAGUCUCAAAAACUGAACUCCUCGACAAUCACGCCGCCGUGGUCGCAAUGGAGUAAUGGACACACAGAGAUGUUGUUCAACUUGACGGCUUCGAGUGAGCCGGUGAUACAGACGAUCACCACCGAUGAUGCACUUUUGGAACGAUGCGAGUGGUGGCGCAGUUUGAGUGAGGUCAACAGACAAUGAGACAAGGCAUCCUGAUCCACAUAAACUCUUGUGUCCUCUGUCUUGUUUUACAACGUCUACUUUUGCGCAAUGUGGCAUGCCUCGAUAAUACAAGAUUGCCUUUAGUGCCCG